AUGAAAGUAUAUGACCCCUUUAUUCUCAACACAUACAAGCAGCAGCACACGCUUCUUCACAAAGUGAAUGGAGCUGUUAUGCUGAUCACUUUCUUCCUCUGUCGAGUCCUUCUCUUCCCCUAUCUCUACUACGUUUACGGAAGGUACGCCUCUAUUCCCUUCUACCGGGUUCCUUUCACGGUGCCCUGGCAGUGUAAUCUGGGAGCGGCUCUGCUCAUGGCCCCGCAGCUCUACUGGUUCUCCCUGAUCUGCAGGGGGGCCCUGCGCCUGUUCACCGGCAGCUCCUCGCGUUCCCGCAAACCCACGGCUCCGGUCAAGUCAGAUUUUGAAGGACACGAGUCGCUGCCUCAGCCUGCCAACGGAUACAGUACACGGAUGGUGGGUCGGGACACGCCCACAAUGUCACACUGAGGGGGAGGAGACUAUGCUAAUGAGACUAAGCAAAGUAAAAAGGGGAUUGGAUGAAUGCAAUGAUGAAGUGGCAGAGCAGAAGGGCAGGUUGCCAAGGAAGUACACAGAGUGAUUAAAGAGGUACUGAAAUAGACUAGACGCCCUGUAACGCAUUACAGCACAGCAUUAUGUUUAGUUACAGGGCUCGUGUACUGUGUAUAUAAGACAUGCUUUAGUAGAUCAAGGGAAGCAAAAAUGCCGGAAAAAUCAGUGGAAGUGUCCACACAACGGCCAGAUGUGUGUCACAUCACAACUGAGGCAAUAAGUGCAUAUUUUAUGUGAGAAAAUUUCUGAACCAAGACAAGCACUUUUUGUUUGAGGCACUUUGAAAGGUCGCAGAAUGUCAGACUGGGGCUGAGGUCUCGUGCCUGAGGUCUGUUCUUUGCAUAUAUUACUGUAGUGUUGCAGAUGCAUUGUUCAUAGAAAUGUCCUCGAUUAUUAUAUUUAGCACUGGUCUACAAAGAGCAACCCAAGGUGUCAGGCAUUAUCAAGCUUGACUGUCUGUAUAGAGUUCAGCUGAAAUGCCUCUCGUUGGAUUUAAAGGGACAGUUCACCCAAAAUGAAAAUGUACCCACUCUCAUGUCGUUUAGAUGCUGUA